AGGCAGGUAGGGACUGGCUGGUGUCUUGUCGACAGUCAGUCGCUUGUUGUGAGUGCGUGUACACGUAGCUAUGGGACCGGGUGUUGUGCUCGCCAUUACGCUCUGGAUAUCGGCGGUUAGCACCCACGGCAAGGUUCACUACAAGGUAAAAUGCUCAAAUGACACCAUGUUGGUGGAGCUAGUUCGGACGGAGACCACUACUAAUAUCUACCUAGAACAGUUAAAACACUUUGCAGACAAAGCCUGCCACCCAGAGCUGGAACAAAACAAGGCAACCUUCCAGCUGUCACUAACUGACAUGUUCCAGUGUGGCGUAAACAGGAUACACAACCAGCUUACGGGUCAGUCUAUAUAUUAUCACCAUGUUGUGGUAGAGGACUCGAGCCUGCCAAAAGAAGUGAUUCUCGUCAAAUGCGUCACGUCGCAACGUAGGGAAAAGCGAAACGUGUUGCCCGCUGGCUUCCAGGAAUCUGAUUUCAGGGAGUCAGAGCUCCAAGUCGUGAAAGGAUCUGCCCCAGAGCCAAUUCUGGGAGUUGGGGUGCGUCAAGGAGGGCAGCUGGUUACAGGAGAGCUUAAUGUGAAUCCGGGUACGCCACUACAGAUGGAAAUAUUCCUGGACAAGACGAGCGCACCGGUAUAUGGGCUGUUGGUCAGCUACAUGCAGGUUACAGACACCAAGACACAGGAAGAGACCAUCAUCUUCAAUGGGUGCUCGGUAGACCCCUACCUCUUUGAGAACUUUAACACCGUUGACGGGGAUUUUCUGUCGGCGAAGUUCCGGGCUUUCAAGUUCCCGGAGUCAACCUACGUACAAUUCAAAGGCACGGUGAAUGUCUGCUUGGACAAAUGCAGAGGGGUGGAGUGUAGCAACGGGCAAACGGGAUAUGGGCGCAGGCGUAGGGAGGUGUCAUCCAUACCUGCCGAUCCCAAUAAGGUAUUUGAGGUGACCAUGUCCACUUUCAUCCGGGUCGACUACAAAGAUGAUAACCUGCUUGAGAAAGGCAAACUUGGUGGGUCUGUGAUCCAAUCACAUUCUGAUCAAGUUAACAUCAACGCUACUAUUUCUCAGGAGCAGCCGGAUGCCAGGGAACAACAUCUGCAGCUUGAGACCGAGGAGAUUCAUGAGGAACUACGCUACACUGUCAUUGAAAAUGAAGGAAACAUGGCAGCAGUACGCGCCACAUCCUUUCUUGCCAUCGUCGCUAUGUUGUGCCUACUGUUAAUUCAUUGAGAAAAAUGAGUCUCGUUGGCAACAUGCCGAAGCAAUUCUGUGCUUCGCAGAGGUUCAUGCACUUACGCUUACACCAGUUUUAUUACUUUGUAAUAUCCAUCUGUUGUCAUAUCUUACAAUAAGUGUUGGUAACGAGUACGGAGCUUGGCGCUAUAUUAUAAAUUUGUAGCUCCUGUUAAUUUAAAAUGGAUUUUUAGGAACAUCGUAUUAAGUCUGGACUUCUAAAAUUUUGAAAACACUUUGGCCCACAUUUACCCAUUUUUUAUAUAUUACUCAUAAGCUGCGGGGAUAUAAAUCGUAGUUUAUUGGAAUUUCAUGGCAGUUUAUUAAAAAUUUUGGUACUCGCUAUUGCAGAUAGGUUCAUAAAACAUAAUCAAUAAGUGGUAAGCUAUUUGGCACUGCUUUAAGGCUUCUUUACUUAAAGAGUUGUUAUGUGAACGACUUGCUUUAAUUUUUAGAGGGCGAAAAAUUUAUUUUAUCAACUGAAAAAGAGGAAUCAUGAAGUACCACUAAGAAUUAGGGUAAAUCUACACCAUCAUGACAUACUGAUAUAUUGCUUCAGAUCUGAAUAAUAUAGAUUACAAAAAUCCAACAAAAAUUCAUUUAUAUUUUGAACGUGUGGCCUUGUGUGACCAGAAAUAUAAAUGUACAGGAUCCGGUGGUCUGUGAAUUUAAGGGUUUCAGUUUCCAGACUCUCGGUAUACGCUAUUUUUUAUGAAUCUGGAUAAUGACCUCUGUCUCGCAGUUGGCCUCAGUCCCAAUUUAAUAAAUGUCUGACACGUGGACCACAGACUGAGUCGAAAGUGUGAAGCCAUUUUGACUGUUUCGGACUCACUGUGUUUGUAAGCGUAGAUGCAAGACCAGCGCAAUGCUUUGGUCCAGCCUGUCACUGAGUAUUGCAUUAACAACAUACGAAGCCUUUGUUUGAUCCCAGGUUCAUGUCCCGAUUCUUCAAGAGAUACUUUCCGUGUGUGUCCCAUUUGGCAAAACGGAACAUUAACGGGUUAGAUUUGCAUAUAUGUUUAUCUAAAUGGAUUCAGACUAUGAUAACACUUAAUAUGCAUUGAUUUUAAUCUUUAUCAGCUGUGCAUUUUGGCUUACAUAGGUUCCAGUUGACCACGCGUUGCAUCAGCAAACUUCUAAGGUAACUGAAUAAUAAUUUUUAAGUGUGGAUUGAUCAGGAGGGAGAAUUAGCAUGUUUUGAGACACCAGCAUUUAAAUUUGUGAACUAAGAAACCCAUCAUAUAAAAUACAUAAUCUGGGAUCAAACUGGCUGCUUACUCGCUUCAAUAGGUUUGAUGUCAACGACUUAUAAAUAACAAUAAAUUUAUCUUGACUCAUAGAAUGUUGCAUCAGUGCUAUUUGUACAUGCUCAGUGGCAUCCUGGAGCCUUCGGUGGCCAGAACGCAACUAUUAACUUGCUGUUUCGCGUUAACAGUGAAUAUUAGUACUGCCACCUGGUGCCACAAACAGUACAUUAACUCAUGACACGUGAAGAGUUAAACGUGUGUUACAACUUGUGUUUUUUUUACCAUUAUGCGGUUGUAAUGCCUGGACGGUAGAAAAUUGUUGUUAAACUCUUCAACACGUUUGGAAAAUUGUACUUCAGAUUUAUUCAGAAAUUUAAUAUUUAUUUAUAUUCAUCAAGAAUUUGUUCUGAAAUUUAACAUUUUUCAAUAGACUUGUCCGGCUUAUCAGUCCAGAGUGACAGUUUUAUAGGUUUUUUCUUACUCAAAAAUAUUACUACCUAGCGAGAUUUUUGUGAACCAGUUGGCAAUAUUAAUUUCUGAUCCAGCAUCUUUAGAUAUUUUCAGACCUAAGACAGGUGCACUGUCAAGAUGUUCAAGGCAUAUUGUCUUAACAAUUCGUGAAGCCCACAUCAGUAUCACUCUCUCUCACGCAGUGAAAUACUAUCCCCCUCCCCCUAGAAAAAGGCGUUGGAAGUUUACGUUGAUUGAUUAGUCUGGAUAUGUGCUCAUAGAUGGUUUAACAAUUUUAACUCUGUAUUUACAUGUUUCCUUCUCAGGCACCUUAACAAAUAGCUGAAAGAUCUAGGGGGUCUUAGUAUCGGUACAGUUGGAACAUGAAGUCUGGCAGAAGGAAUAUUAACAGGCAUAGGUACAAAUAUUACAUAACCAUCUCGGUGAUCUACCAUGUUGUGGGUUGAUACAUGGUGUGGGCUGCGUGAUACACCCCCAUGAUGUAACUUCUAAUUUAACUAAUUUUAUAUGUAGGGAAUGUAACCAUAAAUUAGGUUUUGCAUGUGGAGGGUGAUUUACAUUGGCAACUUAUCAAGUUCUAAACUUUUCAUUUCCCUUUUCAGAACUAUUUGUAUGAUGUCGUAACUUCAUAAGACAUCAGGAUGUGUCGACUGCUUAUAGUAAUUUUUUUCCUUCUAGUAUGUUUCCACUUUUAUAUGAUCCACAAUAAUCGUGCUUCUUUUUCAGGAAUGGAAUUACAGUAAAAUCUGAAUCAGUGGUCCCACAUUUGUAAAUGGGACCUCGAAAUGACAGUCUUCAUACAAUUUUUGUAUUAAAAUUUAGUAGUAUACAAAAAGAGAUAGCAGAAUUUUACAGCAACAGUUUCUGACUAUAUUUUUUUUCUACAAUAUAAUUUACAUUACAUACUUGUGCUUUAUGUUUAUGAAAGUUUUUCUUUUAUGAAUUAAAUAACAUACAAUUUUAAGAGUGAUAAAACCCACAUAUUUGAAACAAAAACAUGUUGACCUUCAUUUCAAACCACUAUGCGAUGUCACAUUAACAAUGUGUUUGAAAUACUUUGUUAAAAUUAUCAUACUAACUAGUCUAUGAAUCUUUGACAACAACGUGUCAUUAAUAAAAAAUAUACAGAGUUUUAUAUUUAACACAGCUGUACUAUCCACUGUAUAAUAAAAGUAAAUACUUUGACAUAA